GGUGCUGCCCGGGCUGGGGGGCCGCGGGCCGGGCUCCCCGGGGAGCCCCGCGGCGACGUACCGCACAUGGAGUGUCCAGGCGGGAGCUCCUCCAGGCCAGGCUCCUGCGGGACGCGGGAGAAAUGACCGCAAAGGCCGAAACAGGUUAGAAAUGGCCACCAGCAUGACAACCAUGAUGCUCUAUAACAUGGUAUUUUUGGUGGCACUUGGAUCGGCCCUGGCUUCAAGUCAUAACUCCAGGACCGCUGAUAGGGUUUCUGAGGCAGAUAUUCAGAGGCUCCUUCACGGGGUUAUGGAACAGUUGGGCAUUGCCAGACCCCGAGUAGAAUAUCCAGCACAUCAGGCUAUGAAUCUAGUGGGUCCACAAAGCAUUGAAGGUGGUGCACAUGAAGGUCUUCAGCACUUGGGUCCUUACGGCAAUAUCCCAAACAUAGUCGCUGAGCUAACAGGAGAUAACAUACCAAAGGAUUUUAGUGAAGAUCAAGGAUACCCUGACCCUCCAAAUCCCUGCCCAAUUGGAAAAACAGUUGAUGAUGGAUGUUUAGAAAACACACCAGACACAGCAGAGUUCAGUAGGGAAUACCAGCUGCACCAACACCUUUUUGAUCCAGAGCACGACUACCCCAGCAUGGGCAAAUGGAAUAAUUUAUUCUUUGAGAAGAUGAAGAGUGGACCAAAAAGAAGAAAAAGGAGUGUGAACCCAUACCUGCAAGGACAGAGACUGGACAAUGUUGUCGCAAAGAAAUCCGUUCCUCAUUUUUCAGAUGAAGACAAAGGCACCGAAUAAGAACUGCAAAGAUGAAUGAUGAAAACUCAGGCCAUUCCUCAUGAGAUCGUAAUAUUAUUGCUUAUAUAUAACCAGCUAUUGAAAUUAUUGUGAUUGGCAGCAUGUUUAUUAUUUAUAUAAUUGUGGAUGAGAAACAGCUGUAUUUAUAACGUUAUGUUUUCCUAAAUAAUGAAAAUAUGGUUCUGUUUUCUGUUAAAUUAUGGUAAUAGGCCUGUUUUGUUGUUUUCGUUUUAGUAAUGGAGUAAACUUUAAAAAUAUUAGUCAUGUUAAGAGCUAACGUGAAGUAAAUGGCUUCAGUGAGCAAUUUGUAUAAAGGAAGGCAAGCAAAAAUAUUACUCAAUUGAGCCCAGUGUUUAAUCUUAAUAUUUGCGACAUUCAAAACACAGAAGUUAGAGUUUUGUGUUUUGUUCACAAAUACAGUUACUUAGCAAAAACAAGCUAUUAAUUUACUCAGAGACUUUUGGCUUUUGGUCUAUUUUAAUAAACAUUCAAGCAAUCUAGAGCGUUUGCUGAGUGACAUUUUCUAAAAUAUAAAAUAGGAUAAUCUGGUUCAGUUAUUGUCAGGCUAAACAAAAAUUAAAACAGUAUGCUUUGAUAAUAUAUUCAGUGCAAUAUUUUUCUCAAUUUUUUCUUAUCAUUUAAUUCUCUCACUGUUUCCAGUUGUUUUCACCCACCUUAGCUGGCUGCUAAUAUUUCUCUAGUCUACAAACUGGCAUCCAACUCUCUCUGGCUUAGUGUCGGCAGCAUUUAGCCAUUAAAACAGAGCUGUUUAACUUCUAGGCAGCCUUACUCCAGAGAGGAGCCACAGACCCAGGGACCAUAUGUUGUCUGUACUGGUGGGCUGGGACUCCCCUGGCUCCAGUCCCCUGCUCUGUGGGCUGUUUAGUUCCACAUUGUAGCCUCAUGGGCAGCCUCUCUUCCUCUGCAGGCAGCUCAGCUCAGCUCAGCUCCCCCUGCCACAUGCACAGUAUCUGCCCCCGCCCUCUCAGCUGCAUGAAUCAACCUCCUGCAGUGUGGGCAACUUGGCUUUGCCAUGCAGCUCAGGCACUCUAGCCCUUUCCUGGCAGCCAUGGAAAGAGCUGCUGAUGGGAGGAGUAAUGGCCUGGUGGGAACCCAUGAGCCACAUGCUAGCCUUUCAGGGGUCACGUGUGGCCGACCAGUUGAACAACCCUGCAUUAAAAAGUGUCUGAAUUAGUCAUGCUCCCAUGAAAUGUCUCAGAUGAGAAAGAUGACAUUUGCCUUUGAUAAAAAAUAUUACCGAUUGAGACUCCACUAAGCCUAAAUUCCUGGGUGUGGAAUCUUAUCAUUAAAAAUCAGGAGGAACAGCAGCCAUAUCUGCAGCACAGUGUCAGCCUUAGUCAUCAGAAUAAAGCAACACAGGAAGGUGCUCCCAAGGUUACACAUUUGGAUGGCAGUGGUUGUGGGUUUUUUGACUAUCCAAAUUAGGCUAGAGGCAAGUAAGAUUCUUACUACUCAGUCAACCUUGCCCUGGGCCUCCAACUCUACUCAUUUUCAGGUGAUUCUCAAUAUAGUUUCAGUGGCAGGUAAACCCUUGGUUAGGCUACAUAAAUUAACUUGCUUUGCUACCAAAAGAAAAGGUGUACUACUCUAUGGGCAUUUAACACUCCUGAACAAGAAGUAGAGCAUAAUUCCCUUCCCGAUCAAGCAGCAGUACUCUGUCACUGCUCUUGAAAUAGCAAUUGGGCAACUCAGAAGGCCUUUCCUUUUUGAGGGACUAGAGGAGGGCACUGUUCCUUACCUAAGGCAGCAAAUUGAGAGCUAGGAUUGGGUCUACAGAUCAAAUUCUAUUAUUUUUACAAGUUGUCUGGCAAGCAGGCUGCAUGCAAAAUGACCCAAGAAUCAUAGAAAAUAGUUACCUUAUAUUAUGAACUUCAGUUCUGUGAUGCAACAAACUGCACACCCCCAAUAAAAAAAAAUCAAUCUAGAUGACGUACUAAAAUAGGUACAAGACUGACAAGCUGAAUUUUCACUUGAGGUUAGAUACAAGUAAUUCACAGUACAUCAAUAAGUGGACUGAUUUGUGUUUGGAAUUAGUUUUCAGGGUAGAACUGAACAAACAAUCCAUAAUAAAUUAUUUAUUUGCUGAGCUAUGCCUCACAAAUAUUUUGAGAGAAGGUUGCAAAACUCUAGAAUCAAAUGUAGUCUAAAUUAUUUAUGAGCUACUUCAUACUUUAUUUUCUUAUAACAAAUAUUUUAACUGAUAUUUUGAAUUGUAGAGGAUAUAAUGUAGAGUGGAUUUAUAAAUGGAUAUUGCAAUUAACUGAACAUUUCCUAUGAAGUACUGAUUAUUUCCUGGUCCUAAUAACUUCAUUGGAAGAUGAGGAUACUCAGCAGUCCACAGUAUCAAAGUUUGGUCUAUUUAUGGAUCUUACUUAAUGUAUUUUUCAUGCUUAUUCUCUAUUCAGGUUUUGAGAUUGCAGAAAUGAUUCAUAGCCAUAGGUUGACUCUACAGAGUAGAAAACACGGGUUAUAUGUCAUGUUAACAGUUCAGAAGCAGAACUUCCCAUUGAUUUUAAUGGCUCAAAGUAAGCAAAACAUCCAUUGCCUUCUGCAUAUCCAUAGCAGCUGCAACUGUGGCUAGAAGCAUUCUAGUUAGAGAAGGGUUUUCCACACCCAUAGAGCUGUAAGAAUCUCUAGAUUUCUCUAGACAACCCAGUGCCUUCUCCACUGGUAGAAAAAAAAUGGUUCUAUAAGCUCUAGCUGGUUUACUAUAUAAAAGUUCAUUUUAAUGACUACCAGAUAAAAGAAUCAAUCAGUAAAGUGAGUCAUGCUUUUUUAAAACUCUUCCCUCCUAUGCUGUUCCAUGUGUUUGUGUUUGGUACAUGCAUGGUUUAUAAAGGGAGGGGCCAGGUGUGGUUUGUUUAAUAACAUCAAAAAUCUCCUGUCUGAUUCCUGUAAGCAUUGCAGUUCUCAGUCACUUUAUCCCACCUUACAGUGAUGUGAUAAUUAGGCACCACAGACUGACUAGAUUACUGUAGAGAUCCUUCCUGAUAACUGUUUAUGACUGCUGCAGGGGCUGGGAAACUGAAAUUCUCUCUCAUAGAACUGUAUGAAGAAGGCAAAAAAAGUUCUAGAGUUUCAAGAUUUUUUUCACAUUGUCACAUUAUGUUAAACCUCCCUUAAAGGAAUUGCCUGCUAAAUGAAAUCAAAUUCCUGGCAAUCAGCAGCAAUCUGCUGAUUCCAUUAAGCAGGUUUAACUUGCCAGGGAAGCCCCAAGUUGAGAAACUUUCACAUGUGGUCUUUAUAUUCUUGAUAAUGAAAUGAACAAUUCUAUUAAAAUUAAUACAAAUACAAAAUUAACAAUUCUAUCUAUGAAUUCUAUCUAAUAAGUUCUGUGUUUGAGCUGCCUUUCUGAAAUGGACUAGAACAGGUUUGCCACCUAAAAGAGAACAAUGGAAUUCUAGCUAUGCUUAAUGUCCUUUCCUAAAACACAUUGUAUUGCUGAUCUUUCAGUCAGUCAGGACCCAACAAAUAUCAAAUGCCUUUUUCAGUUGUGUGCGCAUAUUGCUCAUUCACAAUAUGUUUAUGUGGAGUAUAUAACAAUAAUAAAUUAAUUUUAGCUCUAUUUUGAAUUGUGAAAUGCCUGACUUUCCUUUAAAAAAAUCUGGAUAAUUAAGGAAGAUGUUCCAGUAAGAGAGCUGAUAUAAAAAAUGAUAUGCUUUCAACUUUCACAGGUGCAGUAUUGCCAACCCCACCAUGUCAAAAAUCACGAGACAAACUCUUAAAAUUCAAGAGAUUUGGAACGUAAAUCAUGAACUGUUAUUUUUAAAGUGUGUGUGUGUGUGUGGGGGGGGUGUUAUCUGUGAAGGUGUAGUGGGCUGUGGGUCUGUGUGGGUUGAGUUUGGAGUCUGGGUAGGGGGCAUCCCGCACACCCUGGCAGGAUGCAGGAUACUGUGGGUCAGGAGUGAGGGGCAGAUAUACACACACACACACACGUACACAUGCACACAGACAGACAGCUGCCCACAGCUCUGUUGCAUGACUUGCCCUG